GGUGCCUGCGCCGGCCGCUCGGCGCCGCGCCGCUCCGAGGACGCCCGGGGCUGCCGCCGGCUCAGGGCCGCGGCGGUCGCGGGACGCGCAGCUCCCCUCGCCGCCCCCCUCACCCUUUUAGAGGAGUCAAAUCCGGUUUUUAGAGCGUGGGGAGGGUGGGGAUAUCCGGUGCCUCCCGGACGCCGGGAGAAAGGGGGAGGGCGGAGAGGAUCCUUGGCCAGUCUGCGCCGAGCAGAUUCAAACCAAAACAAAAAGAUUAAAGGAGCAGCGGCCGGGGUGGCAGCGAUCCCCAGGCCGGGACCCCGGGGGUGGCGCGUCCGGGAACCGCGGGGGCUGCGCGGACCGCCGGCGCUGCGCGCGGCGGGGAGGGAGGGGGAGAGAGGGAGCCAGUCGUAGUGGGGAAGGGGGGGGAGGGAGUCGAGGGGAGCACGCGGGCCGGAGGAGGGGCGGACCCGCCUGCUCCGCCCGCCCGCGCCGAGCGGAGCCGAGCCGAGCGGCCCGGGCUGGGCGCGACCCCGGCCGGCGGCGGCGCAGAAAGCGGGCAGAGGCGCGGGCCAUGCUUCGGCUGGCGCCCGCCGGGGCCCGGACCAUCGUGGACAUGUCGUACGCCCGCCACUUCCUGGACUUCCAGGGCUCCAACAUCCCCCGCGCCAUGCAGAAGCUGGUGGCGACCCGUCUGAGCCCCAACUUCCGCGAGGCCGUCACCCUGUGCCGGGACUGCCCGGUGCCACUCCCCGGGGACGGAGACCUCCUCGUCCGGAACCGAUUUGUCGGUGUUAAUGCAUCUGACAUCAACUAUUCAGCUGGCCGGUAUGACCCUUCAGUGAAGACCCCCUUCGAUGUAGGUUUCGAAGGCGUGGGGGAGGUGGUAGCCUUAGGCCUCUCUGCCAGUGCCCGGUACACGGUGGGCCAAGCUGUGGCUUAUAUGGCACCUGGCUCUUUCGCGGAGUAUACCGUGGUGCCUGCCAGAGCCGCGGCCCCCGUGGCCUCUGUGAAACCCGAGUAUGUCACCGUGCCGGUGAGCGGUACCACCGCGUACAUCAGCCUGAAAGAGCUCGGAGGACUGUCCGAAGGGAAAAAAGUUUUGGUGACGGCAGCAGCGGGGGGAACGGGCCAGUUCGCCGUGCAGCUUGCCAAGAAGGCCAAGUGCCAUGUCAUUGGGACCUGCUCUUCUGAUAAAAAGUCCGCUUUUCUGAAAUCGAUCGGCUGUGAUCGCCCCAUCAACUAUAACGCCGAGCACGUCGGUACGGUCCUGAAGCAGGAGUACCCCGAAGGGGUCGAUGUGGUGUAUGAAUCCGUCGGGGGAGCCAUGUUCGACUUGGCCGUAGAUGCCUUGGCUACCAAAGGGCGCUUGAUAGUCAUUGGGUUCAUCUCCGGCUACCAGACUCCCGCCGGCCUUGCGCCUGUGAGAGCAGGAACCUUACCAGCCAAACUGCUGAAGAAAUCCGCCAGCGUUCAGGGCUUUUUCUUGAACCAUUACCGUUCUGAGUAUCAAGCAGCCGUGGAGCACUUGCUUCAGAUGUGUGUGGACGGAGACCUGGUUUGCGAGGUGGACCUCGGAGACCUGUCUGCAGAGGGCAGGUUCAUCGGCCUGGAGUCCGUAUUCCGGGCUGUCGAUUAUAUGUACAUGGGAAAAAACACUGGGAAAAUUGUACUCGAACUACCUCACUCUGUCAACAGUAAGCUGUAAACUCAGAACGAUGGCAGAAGUCAAAGGAGAAAGAAAACGGGCACCUUCUUCCUCAGAAAGAGUCGAAUCAGUUUAUUUUUGGUGGGUAAUGGAGAUCAUAUCUCUUAAAAGGUGUUAACGAAUGAGUUUCUCUCUCUCUCUCUCUUUUUCUUUUUUGCCCCUCCCUUGAAAAAAAAAUGCCAAUAAAAACUUCCCUCGAUGGCUCAGAGGUAAAACCGUUACAUUCAGUUCUUUGGCCAUAGACAGUCUCAUUCCAGGCUUUAUUGUUCCAGGGAAUUAAAUUAAUUCCUGAUGCAAGAUCUGAUCAAAUCAGUAUGCCUUCAGCUUGAUGGGAUUUUAAAAUCAGUCUUGAAAAUAGUUCACAAAUUCCUUACUUUGGGAGAGUUUGGUCUUCCGCUAACGAGCAGUUAAUAGAUAAGAGAUAGGGCAGGAGGACAGCCAUCUAUUCUCAGAGUCCAUAUUCCCAGGAAAUGGCCCUUCCUUUCUUAUAAAUCACCAACUAUCUAAAUGGAAAUUUGGAGGAAUUCUCCCAAAACUUUGAUUUUUUUUUUUGUUUGUUUAGAUCAUUAGGAAAAUGACUAAGUGAACACAGACCUAUUUUUUAAAAGUCUCUGCUGUUUAAUGCUUUACGCACAAUUAUCCUGGGGAGGCACAUGUGGCAUGGGAAGCCUCUCUCUUCCCUUAAGAAGCAAAUUAGUGUUGAAAACCGAUGAAGACAAAAGCAGAUUUUGGAAAGGGGCUCUACGGAGAUCUGGGGGUUACCUGCCCAGGAAGGAAAGGACGUGCUUCAUCCACGGGGAGGGUCUGCACGACAAAACCCCCACCACGAGGGGAGACGCGCUCUCUAGGCACACCGCCAGAGGCUGAUAACAGCAUCCUUCAUAGGCCUGAGGUGGGAUCCGUCAAAGGGCACCAUGGGGAGGAGGGGCUUGAUGGGAUGGGAAAUAAUAAGAUACUUGUUCCGUGUUGCAGACUUUCUUGGACACCGUGUCUUUGCUCUCUGAUCACGGAGACAGAAUAGCGUGCUUAGCGUGGAACGCUGUUCCUCCGUUCCCAUUUUACUUCUCUGUGCCCUCGCUCUGUGGGGAUGAGGUGCUCCUGGGCACCGCUGCCUGGGGUCACACGCGAGAGUCCCGUCAUGUGCCUUCUCUCGUGAGCCAUGCCUACCGCCGACGUGCCUGCCCCCUCGCCUUCAGCUCGGCUUUCGCCGUUCCGUCGGAAAUCCCACGGUGCCUUUCCGAUUGAAGGCAAAGCCCACCAGAUCCUUUUCUCAAAGCCUCUGGCCCCAGUGUAUCUAACACGCUAAAUAAAUAGGAACGCAAUUAAAGAUGCUCCGGGAAACCCGGUGACCAUAUUUAAUUUUUCUUUCCUCCCGUCUGAGGAGCGAGGAAAUCCUACUGCUGAAUAGCUGUUAGUAUCUAUUUUACAAGAUUUACUCAUUUUCAGGUACCUAAUGUAGCUGCUAGCAUGCAUGCACAACAAUACAAUUUAUAUGGUAAAUGGGACCAAAUAAUGGCUUCACUGAAUGUUAUGGCUGCACUGAAGGGAAAUGUCACGGUAAAUAGCUGCCAAAUUAUGGAUCAUGCCGAAGUGUCACAACUGCACUAAAGACAAAUAGCACUAGAGGCUACUGCCACUGUGACGCUUUUGAGUUAUGAAGAAGGGUAGAAGCCUGAUGCAAGCCUCUUUGUGUCCUCAUUAUAGCAAGGGGUGACGAGUGCAGGGUACAAGAAAAGCUGGCCCAAUGUGGUGCUCGGUUAUUAAUCUGUCCCUUUCAGACCUAACAGCCACGGCCAAACGGAAGGAGACUUCGCCUCGCUUUUGGAUACGCUCACGAACACAGGGGAGGGGACAGGUUUUAUGAAUGUAUCUGCACGGGAAAUGACUGGUAAUGGGAAAGCGCUGUGAUCCAAUCAUCCCAUCAAAGAACAGUCCCGUGCGUGCUGCUCCCCGUGCGGAUGGAUGUGCGAAGUCUAAGCGGUAAUGCACUUUCUCCCUUUGUCAAGACGAGGAACCAGGACGCCGCCAGCUCUCGCUUCUUACAAACUGAAGUGCGUCCCGGGUUUCUCUCAUUUUAAUGGGAGGGUAAUAAAUAUGAAAGGCCGGCAUUUUAACGGAUGGAUCCCUGAAGCCGCAGAAUAGAAAUUUAUUAUGUUUUGAAGGAAUCUACUAAAUUCAGCUAGGUAAAAAAAUAUAUAUAUAUUUUUUUUUUCAAACACCCAGGUUUAAAAUAAAACAUAAUCUGAAAUCCUCGUGCUCUCCCCCCCCCCAAACUAAGAAACUACAGGACAUGCUGUUUUCAUUUAUUCUUAGAAAACAAGCAUGAAGGAUUCCGCCCAUUCAGAUAAUGCCAAAAAUAUGUUUAAACUUUUUUUUUCCUUAUUCUUCUGAAAAAUGAUUUGUAAAUUGAGGGUCAUAGUUCAGCAUCAGUUUCAUCUUCUGGGAUUAUCGUUCAAGACCAGCGUCUAAUGGGAGGUGAAAUGGUGUGAUGUUCUCAACACCUUUCUCCUGAACUGUUAUCGCAGAUCACAAAAAGUACAUCCAUAAUUCAGGGCGAUUGUCAGUCUUUGUUUUAGAGACAGGGCCGGGGCUGAAUGAUCAUGGUGGAUGAAUUACUUCUCGGUUCUCAGGGUGGCCUUCCCUGCGCAUCAGCCUUGAGGUCUCUGGCUGGGCAGACGGAGCGGUUGACUGGUAAGCGAGCCUAGAAGCUAUUCUUUGCCGUUCCGUCGUGACUUCUAAAAAACCCAAUGCCGUCCCUUCAAAUUUGUUUUGCAUGCAAAAGAAAAAAAAAAUACCAACAUCGUUAUUUCGGGUCUCUCUGACAGUGAAUUCUGCUAUUGAACGAUGUCAGCAUCCAAAAAAAAAAAAAAGCUCCGGAAACCGGGAAUAGUCUGCAAAGAAAUGACACAGAAGUUUUUUGCUCGAUAUGCUCUAUGCGUUGUUGUUAUAUGAUUCCAUCUGGAUGGAGUUUCCCAAGGGUAGGAUGGAGACUUUAUAAGUGGCCACUAGUAAUCAGCCAGUAUUUAUCUAAUGAAAGUGCAGUGACAGGUAGCUGCUGCUUAUUAAAAUGAGAAUCCUACAGUAUGUACUUAAGGAACAUUCCAGCUAACGAGGAGGUAACGUCCUCGGUACAACACAGACCUUCUUUUUGUGUCCACCACCACAAGAUGCUGGAAACUUGACAAAUGAUAUCAUUUAAGACACAUGCCUGCCGUAGGGACCUGCUUUCUGGGUUCCUGUUUCUGGCUUUUAUUUGGGUAACAUUUAUAACGGCCACCCGACUUGUAACGGGUAGGGUUUUAACCCCUUCAUGAAGCUCCCAAUUAGCAUGAAUUUACGACAAUUGGGGUUUCCUUUAAAAUGGGGAAGGGGGCGUUUAGGACUGAAAAUAUUUUUCUUGAUCACUUUACCACAUGUACACAUGGGGUAAAGGCCGUAUUUUAGAGUUAUAUAAAAACAGAUGAGCCAUGGGGAACUUUCAGGAAAAAUACGAUAGAAAAAGACCAAGCACAAUCAACUGUGGGCGAUACUUUCCUGGGGGCUACUGUGCACGUUCUGUGAAUGUAACCCACAUGUGAUGUGGCCUGGUUUGAUGGGUUCCUAAUCGCUGCUCUCUAUCCUCCUGCCUCUCUUCUGUUUUUAAACACCUUCUGUUAUUUAUAGCGCUUAUUAUUUAGAGACCCAAAACGUAUCUUCGCAGACGUUGUUUUGGGGUUUGGGAUUUGCUGGGGUUUUUGUGACAGUCAGAUGUUCUGUAACUAAUGUUUUAGUUAUGGCCCAGAAUUAAAUAUUUAGGAUCAUAUUUCAGAAAUCAAAUGUGAAACGCUGGAUUCUCGACACCAUGGAUGUGGGCAUGUCAAACUUUAAAAUCGGUUGCUUAGCCUUACGUUAUUUCAACCUGUAAAAAGAGGACUGUUUGAUACGAGAACCUUAUUGCUGUUACCAUGAGCAAAUAAUAGGACGCCGCCCCCCCCCCAAAAAAGUGCUACACAAAAUACAUAAAGAAUAUUUUUACCCACAUGUAUCAGUCCAAGUAAUUCUUGAUAGUAGAGAGUUGAUAUUCAAAGAAAGUCAAAUAAGGUGUGUGCGUGAGGUCUGUAUGUAAUUCCUUCCUUCACGAGGCAGGAGUGCAGAUGAGCCCUGACGGUAAGACUGAGCUGCUGCGAACACUCUCCUCCCAUCUAUUCCCGAGGCCUCAGUUUCUGCCAGCGUGGACCUGCCCUUCAGUGCUUGCUGAUGCUUCUCCAGUGACAUCGACACUCCCGGGAAGCAUGUGUUGGAUCCCUCCAGCACACGGGUAAGUGCCGCAUGGAGUACAGUUUGGGGGAACCGAUGUGUGCCUCGUAUGUCCCGGGAAGCACGGAGCCAAAAGCACAGAGAUUUCAACGGCCCCCCAAAGUAAGAGUUUCCCUGGAAGGGCACUAUCUGACAGUGCCUUCCUGCCAACACGAAAUUAAAAUAAUAAUUAAAACACACCCUGCUGACUGACGGUAGCAUCCAACACGAAAGAUGGAUUUGUGCUUAGAGCUCAGAAGAAUGUUCCCUAAAAUUGUCGGCUACUGGCCAGCCUUCUCCUCCCCACAAAAGGGCUAAGCUGCAUUUUAGAAUGACUGGAAUGAACAAACUCCUUGGUUGGGGAAGAUGUGGAACCGUGAUCGGGGAAGGGAAGGUGUCCUCCUUAGAAGAGUCUGUCUUGCCUCCUGUGUGGCUGUGUGCCUGUACCCGGGGGGUCGGCCACAGGCACAGAACUGGAAGGAGCCCGGGACCCCUUCUGCCCCUCAUACAUGAGAAGACUCAGUUGUCCCUUAAAUGGUAAAAUUUGGCUGGGGCGCCUGGGGGCUCAGUCGGUUAAGCGUCCGACAUCGGCCCAGGUGAUGAUCUCACAGUUGGUGGGUUCAAGCCCCGCAUCGGGCUCUGUGCUGACAGCUCAGAGCCUGGAGUCUGCUUCGGAUUCUGCGUCUCCCUCUCUGUCUCUCUGCCCCUUGCCCGCUCGUUCUCUCUGUCUCAAAAACAAAUAAGCAUUGAAAUAAAAAAGCAAUAAAAUUUGGGAGUUAAGGGACAAUCUAGUUCUUUCUACCCCUUUGUGUAAAUGAAGAAACCAAGACCCAGGAAGAGUAGGUACCUUGUGUGGGGCCACAGAGGUCACUGGACUCCAAAAUGAAACCAGAGGUCAGGCAGGUGCCUUCUCGGGCCUCUGGGCGACCUCUGGCUUAUCCCCUGUAUGAUUUGCCAAGGUCCCUCAGUCCGUGGCUGAUUAAAAGUGUCACAGAGUAACAACUGGCCUUUAUGAUAAAUCUUUCUGUGGAUGAGACGAUACUGAACCCAGGAAGGAUAUCACGGUUCUGACCACGAAAGUGUGUUUCGCUCAGGACCCCCUUUAAUCGAGCACAAGUCAUGGUUCCAGAUCAUUUGAUUCUGUGUCAUCUAAAUAUCACACAAGCUUCUGGGGGAAAAAGUACUCAGUGGAAUUAAUGGCUGAACGCUCCCAAUUUCGUUUUAAUGCUACAAGGAAGGUCUCUGUCCUAUCAAUGUAUUCUUGGAUGUCCAAUAAUGAAAAUCAAAUAAAGAAAAUCUUCAUUAUCA